AUGAGCCUGGAGUCCGACGGAUUACGCCAGAGGCGGACGGGUGUGAAGCGACUAGUCGAAGAUUUGGAUAUUUUUGAGAAGGUUGUCGAUAAUGUGAAAGAAGAAAAGAAGUUGUCGUCCGGAUUGAUUUCUAUCGUAUGCUUUGCGAUCAUAUCAUGCCUUGUUGUCGGCGAACUUCUUCAUUACAUCUCUGGGAACAAAGAGUACGAUUACCGCUUCGAUGUCGAUACAGCUAUGGAUGAUAUGCCGACUUUGGAUGUCGAUAUGGUGAUAGCUACCCCGUGUAAUAAUCUCGCGGUUAUGAGUAGUAUGGACGAAAGCGGUGGCAUUUUUGCUCCCUUACAGCAAAGUAUCCAAAAGGAUCCUACCAGAUUUGAAUUUACCGAUGAGGAACAAAUGUAUUGGACCAUUUUACGCCAUGCGCAUGCCGCAAUCAAUAAUGGUGGCCUUAGAGGGCUGGAAGAGCUCCAAUAUGUUGAUUCGGAUGUCGAAGAUAAUCUAGAACAACUAGCAAAUAAAAAACAGAACGAUGAAGCAGUAGCACUUACUGAACAGAAGAAAAAUAACAUGGAUGGGGAUGGUCUAGGAAAUGGUCAGUUGAUUUUCAUGAUUGGAAAUGGAAUGGGAAUGUUCCAGAUAGUAGCAUCAAGUGGUACAGAUGAAGGGACUGCAUGUCGUGUCCAUGGAAAGUUCCCUGUUCGAAAAGGGAAGGAGGAAAAAAUAACAAUCUCUAUUGGAACUUCCCUAGGUCUUGGAAUAUUUGCGCAUAUAGAAGGAGUCAAGCAGUCUGGCAAUAUCUCUCAUCGAAUAGAAAAGUUCAAUUUUGGAAGAAGAAUCAGAGGCUUAGUGGCUCCCUUAGCUGGGGCUGAGCAGAUUUCUGAAAGCGGGCAAGAUAUCUAUCAUUACUUCAUAAAAAUUGUCCCGACCAAGAUUUAUUAUGGUAUCUUUGGAAGAUUUACCAUGGCUUAUCAAUACUCUGUCACUUUUCUGAAGAAGAAGCUGAAGGAAGGCGAGCAUAGUCACGGUGGUAUCCUGUUCGAGUACGAAUUCUGUGCCAACGUGAUAGAAAUCAGGGAGGCUUAUAGGUCGCUCAUUACUCUUCUGCUACGAUUGUGUGCUGUAGUUGGUGGUGUAUUCGCUACCAGCCGUAUCAUCAACAACGUGAUCCAGUUAAUUCUCAGCCUCUUACCUUGGGCUAAAAUUCCGAAAGUUGCGCCAACCGUCGAAAAGUCUACUUUGAUUAACAGCGGUAUAGUAGUGAGCUAA